UCACUGCGAUUGAAAUUCUUACAUCUCAUGUUGCGUUAAGUGUUGUAGUAGCCGUUUUAAUGACUAUUUGAUACCUUGCAAAAAAGUGUGGGUCAUUACGAUGUGGAAAAGCUACCAAGCUAGCUCGAAAACCCUGAAACUCGAUGAGAUGACAUCCCUGGGGAUGGCGAAGCAGGACGCAAAGCAAAUAGAUUGGUACUCAGUUCUUGGAGCAAGUCCAACUGAUGGCUUGCAAGAAUUGAGGCAGAAAUAUCAGAAGCUUGUCCUUCUGUAUCACCCGGACAAACAGGGCCUGGACGUGGCAGCAAGGGAAGCCGAUCGACACCUGCAGAGGUUCAUCGAGGUGGAUCAGGCCUGGAAGGUCCUAAGCAACGAGGAGACAAAGAGAGAAUAUGACCUGCAGCUGCGGGUCCUUGGGAGGAGGCCAGAAGCUCAGGAGCUGAAGCAGGACUGGCCUGUGGAUGCACUAGUCUCCCUUGAGGACAUGGACUGGGACGAUGGCACUCGGUCUUACACUUAUGGCUGUCGCUGUGGUGGAGAGUUCAUCAUCGGAAAAGAAGAGAUGGAAGAAGAAGAAGCCAUUGUGUGCUGUGACACCUGCUCCCUCAGCAUUGAAAUUAAGAGGACUGCCUGAAAUGUACAAAUGGCAACACAUCCACACUUACUGAAGAGGCCAUCUUGGACAUUGGUUUCCUGUUGAACCAGCUCAAAAGAGAGUAGAAGCGCUGUCAGCAUGCCAUAGGGCAUUUUAUUUAUGUCUUUUUAAACGUUUUUGCCUGAUUAUGGACAUUUUGGCCUUGGAUGCCCAGACAUGUAUUUAUGUAAAUUAAAGUGAAGAGGUAAUA